CCACCAUCGACGUCACCCACACACCACUUGCUGUUGGACACACCCUGCUUACACAUGGACAAGAACGCAUAUGGCGACAAGAAGGGCACCGGCGACUUUCGGCGGACAUGGGACGACGAGGUCUAUGCGCAAAAGGCGCCCGCUGGCCACCCCAAACAGCCCAAGGAAGAGCGCGAUCUUUUGCAAGCGCGCACCACACAAAUCAACCUGACCGAAAUGGUGGGCAAAACCCAGAUCGUCCAGGCAUCCACGUCGGGCGCGUCCAGCCAGCCCGGAUUUUACUGCAAAGUCUGCGAUGUCACGGUCAAGGACAGUCUCAGCUACCUCGACCACAUCAACGGCAAGAACCACCAGCGCAUGCUGAACCGGUCGAUGAAGGUCAAGGCGGAGACGGUCGAGGAUGUCAGGGCGAAGCUCGAGCAGCUCCGCCGCAAAAAGCUGAUUCUGGCCGAGCAAAACCACACCGAGUAUGACUUUUCUGAGCGCGUCAGGGUGCAGCAGCUGAUGGAGCAGGAGCGCAAGCAACGGCGCAAGCGGACAAAGGAUGCGCGCAAGCAGGCCAAAUCUGCCACGGACCCGGCGGAUGGCCAAGAUCCGGAGGCAGCCGCGAUGGCCGCAAUGAUGGGCUUCUCGGGCUUUGGAUCCAGCAAGACCUAGGCGGCUUUUCGGCGCUUCUAAUGAGAUUUCUGCUUCUAGCUGACAUGGGGGUUGUGG